AUGGCCGCGCCGCCGGAUCCCCAAGACGAGCUGCUGCCGCGGGCCAGCCCCGGGUCCCAGUGCUUCAGGGACCGGGGGGAGGGGGAGGACGAAGCUGUGACGCCGACGGGAGCCAAGUCGGCGAUGCAGGCGGGGGAGCCGGGCCGGGGGUUGGGCGCCGGGGCCGGGGAAGCGGCGCCCGGGGAACUGGGCUCGGGCCCCGCCCGGCCGCCGCCCGUUGCCAUGGAAACUGCAUCCACAGGUGUGGCAGAUGUCUCCAGUGCCAUGGACCACACCUUUUCAACAACAUCAAAAGACGAGGAAGGAGCGUGUUACACAUCUCUAAUUUCCGACAUCUGUUACCCACCUCGGGAGGAUUCCACAUACUUCACUGGAAUUCUUCAGAAGGAAAAUGGCCACGUCCCCAUUUCAGAGAGCCCUGAGGAGUUGGGUGCCCCCAGCCCCUCCUUACCCGAUGUGCCUGGGAUAGAGCCUCAUGGCUUAUUUAGUUCUGAUUCUGGAAUAGAGAUGACUCCUGCAGAAUCCACUGAAGUGAACAAGAUCUUAGCAGACCCCCUGGGCCAGAUGAAAGCAGAAGCCUAUAAAUACAUUGACAUCACCAGGCCAGAGGAGGUGAAACAGCAGGAGCAACGUCACCCAGAAUCAGAAGGUAAAGACUUGAACUUGAAGAAUAAGGACACUGAAAUCUCAACAAAACCUGACAGGGUCCGUGAACCUGACAAACCGGCUCCUGUGGAGGGAAAAAUCAUCAAGGACCAUUUAUUUGAAGAAUCCACCUUUGCUCCUUACAUAGAUGAUCUCUCUGAAGAACAGCCCAGUGCUCCUCUGAUCACUGCCCCUGUCAAAAUCACUCUGACGGAGAUAGAACCUUCUGUUGAAAGUCCCGCGCAGGAGAAGACCUCCGAGAAACAAGACAUCUGUCUGAAGCCAAGUCCUGACACAGUCCCCACCGUCACUGUCUCAGAGCCUGAAGAUGACAGCCCAGGAUCUGUCACCCCUCCGUCUUCUGGAACAGAACCAUCUGCUGCAGAAUCCCAGGGGAAAUGCAGCAUCUCUGAGGACGAGCUAAUCACCGCCAUUAAAGAAGCAAAGGGGUUAUCCUACGAAACCACCGAGAGCCCGCGGCCAGUGAGCCAGGCGGCCGACAGGCCUGAGGUCAAGGCCAGGUCUGGGCUGCCGACCAUCCCCAGCCCCCUGGACCACGAGGCCAGCAGCGCGGAGUCGGGCGACUCUGAGAUCGAGCUGGUGUCCGAGGACCCGAUGGCCGCCGAGGACGCGCUGCCCUCGGGCUACGUGACCUUCGGCCACGUGGGCGGCCCGCCGCCCUCGCCCGCCUCGCCGUCCAUCCAGUACAGCAUCCUGAGGGAGGAGCGCGAGGCCGAGCUGGACAGCGAGCUCAUCAUCGAGUCGUGCGACGCCUCCUCGGCCUCCGAGGAGAGCCCCAAGCGGGAGCAGGACUCGCCGCCGAUGAAGCCGGGCGCCCUGGACGCCAUCCGGGAGGAGCCGGGCGCGCGGGCCGAGGAGGGCGCGCCCGGGCCCUUCCCCACGUACCCGUCCCCCCAGGCCGGCCCCGAGCCGCACUCCGGAGACGGGGCCCCGGCGCCCGAAGGGUCCACGCCGCAGCGGGAACCCGCGGAAGCGGCGAGUUCCAACCACAGCCCCGCGAAGAGCCCUGGGCCGCGAGGUCCUGGCGCAGCGCCCCCUCUGCUGUUUCUCAACAAGCAAAAAGCUAUCGACUUGCUGUACUGGCGGGACAUCAAGCAGACGGGCAUAGUGUUUGGGAGCUUCCUGCUGCUGCUCUUCUCCCUGACACAGUUCAGCGUGGUGAGCGUUGUGGCCUACCUGGCCCUUGCUGCUCUCUCAGCCACCAUCAGUUUCCGCAUCUACAAGUCUGUUUUACAAGCUGUGCAGAAAACCGACGAGGGCCACCCUUUCAAGGCCUACUUGGAGCUCGAGAUCACCCUUUCUCAGGAGCAGAUUCAGAAGUACACGGACUGCCUGCAGUUCUACGUGAACAGCACGCUUAAAGAACUGAGGAGGCUCUUCCUUGUCCAGGACCUGGUGGACUCCUUAAAAUUUGCAGUCCUGAUGUGGCUCCUGACGUACGUUGGCGCCCUCUUCAACGGCCUGACCCUGCUGCUCAUGGGAUUCAGGCUAAAAUCCCAGGAGCUAAAAGGCAUGCUGAGUAAAUUGAUGUCCCACUGGGGACUGGACACAAACAGGAAUGUCUAG